UCGGGUGCGCGGGGGCCGACACCGGUAGCUAGCUAGUAGCUAGACGUGAAGGAGGAGCAGAAGUGUCGUAGGACUAUGGACCCGGUGAACAAUGCUGAGACAGGAGAGACAGAAACCGAACUGGAACCGUGCUACGUUCUCAUUCCGAAAGAAACGCGGUGCAAAAAAAAGGAGCAGGAAAAACUGUCCGGAGUUGUCAAGAACGUCCAUAGAAAACUGCGAAGAAAAUACAGAGAAGUGGGGGAUUUUGAGAAAAUCUGGCGAGAGCACUGUGAAGAUGAACAGACUCUGAGUGAAUACGCCCUGGCCAUGAGGAACCUGGCUGACAACCACUGGGCCAAGACCUGCGAGGGAGAGGGACGCAUCGAGUGGUGUCGCAGUGUUUGCCAGGAGUAUUUUCAGGAUGGUGGGAUGAAAAGAAUGUUGGAGAAGGAUGAGAAGAGUGCCAGGCUUGCCAUGGCCAUGUCGGCCACAGCUCUGAGUGAUCAGCCCUAUAGCUCCUCUAUCCCCAGGUCCAUCCCCCAGCUUGGUAAAAUGCGGCUGCUGGACGUUGGCAGCUGUUUUAACCCCUUCCUGAAGUUUGACGAGUUCCUCACAGUCGGUAUUGACAUAGUGCCUGCGGUCGAGAGUGUAUACAAGUGUGACUUCCUCAACCUCCAGCUCCAGCAGCCUCUGCAACUGGCUGGCGACACAGUGGAAGCCUUCCUGAGACAGCUGCGUAGCCCCAUCGACUCCCUGCCCGCCCAGCUCUUCCACGUAGUAGUCUUCUCUCUGCUCCUGUCCUACUUCCCCUCGCCUUACCAGCGCUGGAUCUGCUGCAAGAAGGCCCACGAGCUGCUGGAACUGCACGGCCUGCUGCUCAUCAUCACCCCAGACUCCUCCCACCAGAACCGCCACACCCUCAUGAUGCGCAGCUGGCGCGUGGCGGUGGAGUCGCUUGGCUUCAGGCGCUGCAAGUACAUCAAGUUCUCCCACAUGCACCUCAUCGCCUUCCGCAAGGUGUCCCUGGCCACCACCAGCGACCUGGUCAGCCGUAACUACCCCGAGAUGCUCUACAUUCCUCAGGACUUCCAAUCCCCCGAGGAGGAGGACUACACCGACGUGCCAGUUCAAGUGCGCUCUGACUUCGAGGACGACCAGCUGGCGUGGGGCUUCAUGGAGCUGCCCGACACGCCAUAUGACUCGGAUAGCGGAGAGAGCCAGAGCAGCUCUGUACCCUUCCUACACGAGCUGGAGGACCCCAUUCUACUGCAGAGCUGAGCUAGACCAGCUAAAACCCUACUAGCUACUCUCUUCUCUUUUACCAGUUCCAAUUCGAUCCCACCACUCCUCUUGGCCAUAACCCUUCAAUGUUUGCAGAGCUGUAAUGUGGAAGCAAUAUGGGUGACGCUUUAACGCCACACUACUUAUACCUAUCCAGAGCCUUCAGACAUGCAACAUCGAGUGGUUAGGCCCAAGGGGGGAGGGAUACAGUCUGUCUGUACACAACUGCUGCGCUACCAAAUGAACCUGCUGCAUUCUUCUCACACUCCUCCUCUUCCUUAACUAAACCAUGCAGUUUGCACAGAGUGAAAGAAAAAGAUGUUUACAGAAGUCAGUUUAUUUUUUUUCAAUAUCUUCGAUGGUUAGUCACUCAACACAAUACACACGUCAGUAAAUAAGGUAGUUUAAAAAAAUAAAAACUUGGUCGUUGAAUACCCUCAGGAUAGACUGAGAGUAAGUCUGCCCCUUGGAUUUAAAAAAACAUCUUUGAUCUCACUCUACUAACAGAAGAAAAGCAAUCUUUACUCCUUCAAAGGCUUUUUCUUAGUAGUUAGACAGUGAAUGUGCUUCAGUGCCAGCAAGCCGCUGACUUUAAAUCCCUCUUAAAUGGAUUCAUACCACAGAGGUUUGUCAAGUUUGGUUGGAGUGGAGCAAUUGAGAUGUUAGUCAGGUGAGGCUAGAAUUUCUCUAAUUCUUGGUGUGCAUUUACAUUUUCUAAAAAAAUAAGAAGAAAAAUACAUUGUACUCUCAGCCAAAAGUGUGUGAAAAUGGCGAUUUAAUUCAGCAUUUUGGCUGAUUUCAUGGCUCUUUUACAAUAGAUUUGUAGCAUUUUCAGAACUUUAAGAUAGGUGUACGUAAUUACUUUUACUAAUGUGAAACUUAACUGUGUUUUUCUCAUUGUGUAACAUGGUACGAGUUGUGAAAUAGUCAUUGCUCUCUUUUCUGUGCUGGUGUGAAGAAACUGGUUUUAAUCCAUGUUAAUUUACCUUCAAUGUUGUAACCCAGAAGAUUUAGCAUUUUGUCAUUACAUCCUUGUUUGUAAUCACUUUUCUGUAACAAUACUUAGGCUACAUUAUCAAAUCAAUAAUAUGUCUGGAUUUAUGUCUUUGCUUCUUUAUAGGUAGCUGGUAGCUUCUAUGGGUACUGGUAACAUAUUCCAAAAAAGAAGACUGCCUACACUCUGUCGACGUGUCCUUGAGCAAGGCACUUAACCCUAAUUUACUCCAGGGGCACCGUACUAUUAUGGCUGACCCUUUUAAAACAACACAUUUCACUGCACCUAUCCGGUGUAUGUAGUGAUAAAACAUUUUAUUAUGUUCACUGACGUGAAACAGGUCGACCAAGAGACUAAAGCUCUAGCUGUCAGUUGCUGUUCAUCUCUCUUCCUUUACUCUACGUCGUAUCUGAGGACAGAAACAUUUGCCUUAAGCAUUUUUACAUUUUUGUCAUUACAGUAGUAGUAAGUUCAUACAUUUUAAUACUUUUUUCACACUGGUCCCCCGUGGGAAUCAAACCCAUAACCCUGGCGCUACAAGUGCCACUCUCUACCAUGUAAUCCUACAUGGGACUAGCAUUCGUCAUUUCUGAAUUAAAAAUAUUAAUUGUUUUUAUGAUUUUGUUUUUUUUUUUGUUUUUUUUUCAUUCAUGGGUUGCUAGUAUAGGUGUAUCAACAAAUACUGAGUCAUUCAUUGCAUCAGGAAGUACAUUUUGACUUUCACUUUACACAUGAAAGUACUAAAUGUGUACUCUGCUUAAGUUUUAACUCCAAACAAUUUAAAAUGAUCUUGUUAUGAGCGCUCAAACAAUUCCAAAUGAUUCACCUCAAUGAGGUUUUGCACUAAUACCCUGCUGUCUCAUCAUUGGUCAUGCAACUUCUGAUCCCAUCAAAGUGCAUUUUAGCAAUAGCCAGGUGUAUCCUGAAAGUACUGUAUCUUAUGGGGAAUGGUAUUUAUGUUCCCCUUUUUAGUGUGGAUGUGUGUUUGUUGUAAUGUACUUGUUUGUGGCACUUUACUUCAUAAAUAGUAGAUGAAUCUCUCAGCUGCCAUGAGUCAUGUGAUUCCUGUCAUGGGGGAUUUAGGAAUUAGGUCUCCCAGAUGGCAUCCUAUUCUUUAUGGGCCUUGCUCAAAACUAGUGCACUAUAUGGGGAAUAGGGUGCCAUUUGGGAUGCUGCACAAACAACCAUAGUCUUACUAGUAUAAACAGUAUGAUGUACAUCAGGAUACCUGUAAUCCUAAAGGUGCCUUCUUACUUAUCCCCAGUAAUGUUUUUGCAAUCCUGAUUCUCAUGCCAUACUGUGUUGGAAAACUCACACUUCACUUGGCGGCAUACAACGGGCUUCUUUUGCCAAAUGUUUGUCAUGUGCAACUGCCCAAAUGAGCUACCAUCUACCACUGCAAAGUAUCAUUGGCUCAAUGUUUUACCCUAAGAACAAUAUAUUUUGUUUAAAUUUGUCAUUUUUCAUUAAUAAUUACUUUGCAUUCAACUUGCUCUAAAUCUGUUAACUUUCUGGUCAGUUCAUGUUUGGUGCACUUUCAACUAUUUCUCUUUAACAGAAAAUACAAAAUACAUUUCUCAUUAUAGUUCAUUUUCUUGAGCGUUGUCAAUUGUACCAGUUAGCAUUUAGGGAUACAUCUCAUCUGUCUUCCAAGAAUUUAAGUCCAUUACUUGCAUGAAUAGCUUCAUUUUCAGUAUUAAGGAAUUCGACAGUGUAUUUUUUUUCUUCUCUCUUUUAUAAAUGAAUGGAAAUGCA